AUGUCAGUGGAUUAUUUGUUGUUUUUUCUUGUGUGUCAGGCAGCUUUUGUUCAACCAGAUGGCAUAACUCUUCCAUUUACAUUUUUAACGUACAAAUCUGUCCCAACAAGCCCAAAGGAGGGUUUAUUAUCGCUUGAAAACUCAGAAAAUGCUGAAACGCCAACCAAGACUGUCGAUGUUAUUGAAAUAGUUAAUUCCCCAAAAACAUCACUAGAAUCACCCCUACAACAAUCAGUUUUAAAAUCUGUAAUUCCAACAAAUCCUAAAAAUGCACAAUUUAAAACCGUUUCGAAUUCUUCACCUUCACCUACAUUUGAUGGGCAAACAAAAUCAACAAACCGAAUAGAACAUCCUAUAAAAAUACAAAGCUCCAGUACAAAUAUUGCAACGACACAAGUAUCAAAAUUACCGCCAAUAAAUUUUUCAAAUGUGGAGAGUAAUAUUAUAAAAGAUGAUACAAUUUCGAAUAAUUAUUCACCAAAAGUAAGACCUUUAAUUGUAAAUAAUUUUGACAAUAAUAAAAAUAAUAAUGUAGUAAAUUUAGAAUCUUCUCUUCAUAUAGGACUCAAUGAUGUGCCAUACAGUACUAAUAAAGCAAACCAGGUGAACAUACCACCACAAUACUUAGAUUGUAAUAAGCAAAUAAACCUUCAGUUAGAGAGGAAUUCUCUUAAUCCAGUUAUACAAAAAUUGGAAGAACCAAAAUUUGUUUCAGACUGGGAAUAUAUUCAAAAAGAUAAUUUGAAUAAAAUUAAAGAUAACGUUGCUGGGUCUGAUGUGUUGGAUAAUUUACUACAAAUAGUAAACACACAAAAACGUAUCGAUAAAAAUACUCCAUGUAUUGAAAACGUAAAAUUGAUUGAGAAACCCAAUACAAUAAGCAAAGUAUUAUAUCCAGUUGAUAGCAUCGUAUUUCGCAGUGGCUCUUCAGCGGACUCAAAUCCAGUAAUAAAUGCUAUACAUGCAGAGAGUAAAGGUGACAAAAUGUACACAAAGUCAAAUUUGGCACCUAUUGAAAAUACUUUAGACUUAACUGUUACACCAUCAGUAAAAUUUGAGUCCAAUAAAGUAAAUGCAAUGCCUUGCAACGUUAGAAUUAGCGAUUAUGACAACAUCAAGAACGUUGCUAAUGCUAAACCAGUCUGCACAUUAAAUUACGUGCCAUCUCAAACACCAUCGUUUGGGACUUAUUAUUAUGGUGCCAAAGAAAUGCCUAAAGUAUAUCUUCCUAAUGGUUAUACUAAUCCUUCUAAAAUAUCAACAUCACCUCCUGGUACUAACUUUUCACCUGCAUCAUCAAUACUUUAUAAGGUUGCUGAUACGUAUAAUUGUGUAAAAGAUGAAACGAUCCCAGAGACAGUGACAAAAUAUUCAGUAAAUUUUAAUCCUAAUAGUUAUGUUAUGAGUAAAUAUUUGGUAGGCACAAAUUCUCCAAAUAGUAUUCCACCCAUAUCAACCUAUUAUACAGCUCCUUCGUAUAUUACUAAAGUACCAGUUCUAUCGCAACUACCUGAUGUGUACACUCCUGAAAUUACGUUGUCACAGCCUUUGUCUUCACAUGUAGUUUUAAAUCCGUCUAAUGCUUUAUUCGAUUAUGUGCCUGAUAGCUCUUGUGUCAAUUCAUUAGAUAAGAAACUCCCUAAAUCUACCCCACCUAAUAUUGAUAAUACUAUGGUACGUCCUAGCGAAAAACUGAACUUACUGGUGCCAUUAUUUGGAAAUAUUGACAAAAUAUCACCCUAUCAACCUAAGUGCAUAAAUCAAAAUAAUGCAAAACCCUUGACCUAUGUUAUCACACCGGUUAAAAGUAACCAGGCAGUUUUACAAUCUCCUGAAUAUGUAAGUCCUGUUACUGUACCAUGUUCACCUGCAAGCAAACCAUGCCCAUCAAGCAAACCAUGCCCAUCAAACCCUAAAUUGACUAAAACAAAUUUGUACAGUUCCCCAUUAACAGAAUCGUUAAAUAAUAUAAUCUGUUAUUUCACAACAGGCUUAUUAUCUGCACUUUUUGACUCAAAUAUAAAACCACACCCAGCUAUAUCACCAAUAUCAACAGAUUGCCCAAUUAUUGCUAGCAUUCAAAAUGACGUACCAUCGUCUAUUUAUUCAGAAACAUCGAUUCCUGUAGCAAUGCCUAUAUAUAUGUUAAAUCCUCCUCAACUACCAUCUCCGACGUCAUUACCUAUUCCCAAUGUAGUUUUACCAUUGAAGGACGCUGAUAAUAAAUCAUCACUCAAAAGAAAACCAGUUGUAAAAAAGCCAAAAGCGUAUAUUUCAAGCAUUACUAUAAAUCUUAUACCUUCUAAUGAUGUCAACGAUGUGGUAGUUUUCGUA